GCCGGCGCCGACUACGUCUGCGAGUCCACUGGUGUCUUCACCACUAAAGAGAAGGCCUCUGGUCAUAUCCAGGGUGGCUGCGAGAAGGUUAUCAUCUCUGCUCCCCCUAAGGAUGAUACCCCCAUGUUCGUGAUGGGUGUCAACAACAAGGAGUACACUUCCGAUCUCACUGUUGUCUCCAACGCCUCUUGCACUACUAACUGCUUGGCCCCUCUUGCUAAGAUCAUCAACGACAAGUUCGGUCUCGUCGAGGGUCUCAUGUCCACCAUCCACGCUACCACUUCCACUCAGUUGACCGUCGAUGGUCCCUCUAAGGGCGGUAAAGACUGGAGGGGAGGCCGUUGCGCUGCUGCCAACGUCAUUCCUUCUUCUACCGGUGCCGCUAAGGCCGUCGGUAAGGUCAUUCCUUCUCUCAACGGUAAGUUGACUGGUAUGUCCUUCCGUGUCCCUACCCCUGAUGUCUCUGUUGUCGAUCUUACCUGCCGUCUCGAGAAGGCCGCCACUUACGACGAGAUCGUUGCCGCCGUUAAGGAGGCCUCUGAGGGUGACAUGAAGGGUGUCAUGGGUAUCACCUAUGAUGAUGUCGUUUCCACUGAUAUGUGCAACGACAAGCACUCUUCCAUCUUCGAUGUUAAGGCCGGUAUCGCUCUUAACGACAAGUUCGUCAAGCUCGUCUCCUGGUACGAUAACGAGUGGGGUUACUCCAACCGUCUUGUUGACCUCGCCGUCCACAUGAGCAAGGUUGAUGCCCAGUAA